ACACAACUUCCGGUCCGGGAGCAGACUUCAUUCCUGUGGAUUAAGCGGCUUUCGUGGGGGGUCCGGGCCGCGCGUGACCAUGUGGCGGCUGCUGGCUCGCUCCGGGGCCCAGCUCCUGCGGGUGCCCGUGUCAGAUUCUUGGGCAGCUCUGCCCGCCAGUGCUGGCCUGAAGACGCUGCUCCCGGUGCCUGCUUUGGACGAUGUUUCCAUACCUGAAAAGCCCAAGCUUCGAUUUGUUGAAAGAGUACCACUUGUGCCAAAAGUGAAAAGAGAACCUAAAAAUUUGAAUGAUAUCCGGGGACCUUCCACUGAAGCUACUGAGUUCACAGAAGGCAGUUUUGGAAUCUUGGCACUGGGAGGCGGUUACCUUCGUUGGGGCCAUUUUGAAAUGAUGCGCCUGACAAUCAACCGCUCUAUGGACCCCAAGAACAUGUUUGCCAUAUGGCGAAUACCAGCUCCUUACAAACCCAUCACCCGCAAGGGUAUGGGGCAGCGCAUGGGGGGAGGCAAAGGUGCCAUUGAUCACUAUGUGACACCCGUCAAGGCUGGCCGUCUCUUAGUAGAGUUGGGUGGGCGUUGUGAAUUCAAAGAAGUACAAGGUUUCCUAGACCAGGUUGCCCAUAAGUUGCCCUUUCGGGCAAAAGCUGUGAGCCGACAAACUCUAGAAAAGAUGCGAAAAGAUCAAGAGGAACGAGAACGUAACAAUCAAAACCCUUGGACUUUUGAGCGCAUAGCCACUGCCAACAUGCUGGGGAUACGGAAAGUACUCAGCCCAUAUGACUUGACCCAGAAAGGGCGAUACUGGGGCAAGUUCUAUAUGCCUGAACGUGUGUAGCAAGAAUGUAAAGAAUAACUGUACAUGGGCUACUGAGCAAAGGAAUCUGCAUCUUUAGUCCCCUCGGCCUACCCCUAAAGUCUCUGGGUAGCUCAUGUGAGUAGAUGAUUUCUGAAAAACUGUUAUCUGGGGGUUUUUUUAAUGUAUUAACCACUAAAAUAUAUAUAUUUUAUACUGAGUAUAAAAUGUGAAUGUAUUAUAUUAAUAAAGUUUGAGCAUCACCUCAGGACGUAA